UUUAUUUUACGGCCACAGUGUUAUUGACGAAUGUGUUGAGUUUUUAGUUGUUGUCGCUGUUGUAUUUCGUACGGGUUGGUAAAAUCUCCCGUCCGAGAAAUAUAAUCCAGGCUCAACGCCUGCUUCGCUUGGGGUGGGAAGGAGGGGGGAAGAAGGACAAACAAAAAUCGAGAAGAAGAAAAAAAACCUAAACGACAAACAGCGACUGUCGCGAUUGGAACCGGGUCCGCUCCGGAUACGUUGGACAGCUCCGGCUAGUGGCAGAGAGGAUCCGGCUCUAACACACGCACACGGAACAGUGAAACACAUACACGGAACACAGUGAAACACAUACACGGAAUCAGUGCAACACACACAUACACGGAACACAGUGCGACAUACACACACAGAACACAGUGAAACACACAUACACGGAACACAGUGAAACACACGGAACACACUGAAACACACACACACGCCACCACCACCACUACCGCCGCUGUGGUUAAAGCCAUGCUGCGUUGUAAAGGCCGCUGCUGGCUAUGAUGCCUUUCGCGAGACGUAGGAACGUGUACCUAAGGCAUCCGCUGUGGUGUUGAGAAGGUCAGGUCACGGUGGGAAGCAGGGGGGUGGACAUCGACAAUGGCAAGCCCCUCCCAGGCUCUGGAGUUGAGCCGCAAUUCCGCCAAUAUCGCGGCGUCUCUGCCGGCCGUCACCGCGGCAUCCGCCGUCGUGACCAAGCACCGGCGAUGCGGCUCCGAGUCGCUCGUCUGGGACAUGCAGGCCGCGGGGGGCUGGCGGCCCCCCGCUGCCGCCGCCGCCGCCGCCGCCGCGUGCGACGCGAACUCCCGGGGGUCCGCCGAGACGGCCCGCCAACCCGACAGCCCGCGGCUGAGCACGCGGCUCAGCUCGGGGCGAGGCUGCCCCAGCGUGGAAUUCUCGGUGAGGCCUCGGAGCGCGUCUCUGUCGGCUCGCGGAGGGCAAGGUCCGGCGCAGGGCCCCGAGGGAGAAGUGAGCCCCUUCACGCCGACGAUCGUCGGCUACGAAGUGACGGAGGAGAGGGCCAAGUUUACCGUGUACAAGGUUCGCGUGGAGCGGAACGCGCAUGACAGCUGGAUCGUCUUCCGGAGGUACGCAGACUUCGUCCGACUGCACGACAAGCUGCGUGAGAGCUUCCCCGAGCUGCGCAUGGAGCUGCCGCCCAAACGCUGGCUCCGCGACAACUUCCACCCCGGCUUCCUGGAGGUGCGGCAGCGAGGCCUGCAGGCGUACCUGUACAGCGUCGCGCUCAACAGCCGGGCGGCGCGCAGCGCUGCAGUGCGAGAGUUCCUGUGCCUCGAUGAGCCUCCCGGACCCUUCGACAGCUUGGAGGAGAGCAGGGCGUUCUGCGAGAGCCUGGAGGAGGCCAACGCGCGGCUCCAGCGAUCGCUGCUGGAGCGCGAGCGGGAGCUGGUGUCGUGGCGCCUGGAGGGCGAGGAGCUGCGGGCGGCGCUGGAGGCGGCGCAGGCUCGCGUCCGCGUCCUGGAGGACGCGCGGCGCUGCAGGGGGGAGGAGGAUGGUGACGGGAGCAGCGAUUCAAGAGAACCGGAGGGCCAUGUUUAGCAGACGAUCCACGUGUCCACCUCCCCACGCCAUCCCUUCCCCCAUCACACCCCCUCCCCACACCCCCUCGUGCUCCCUACGGCAGCCUUGGGCGGGGGGGGGGGGACACACCAAAGGUCUCCCGGUGCUUAAGAUCCCACAAGCUCCUCCCAAAGCAGCCUGUCACCUGUCAUCGACAACAACAGGGAAAUGGGAUUGCAAAAAAAUAAUGAGGUUUUUUUUUUGCUAUCGAUUUCCUCUGAUGAGUUUUUAAAUGUAAAAGGUUAAUAUAUGGCGUAAGUUUGUAAGCGUAAUCAUCAUGAUCAAUCCACUGCUGGAUGAAGGCCUCCCCAAGCGGCCGGCAUCCCUCACGAUCCUUGGCGAUGCAAUAAUCCACGGAGCACCUAGAUGCGAGCUAAUUUCAUCGCUCUGUAACCUCGGUGUAUGUCCUCUCAGGCUUUGGCUGCCACUCUGUAAUUAUUCUAGCGAUGUGUCCUGCCCAAACCCACUUUUCUCAACGCAAGAAUGAUGUGUUUACACCUGCGCAUGCGAGCGAAGGGGAUCAUCCAUUUAUUUCUGCCUUGGCUUGCCAUCAUCCACUUAAUACAGAAAUGAAACAUUAACAUAUUUCCAGAAAUGACAGCGAGACAGUGAAGCGAAAUAACUAAAUAGCUUCAAUGCAACACUUGUAUAUGGAAUGGUGAGUGAAAGCAAAGCCAGUACAGUCUUAACACACAUGUUCAACAUGAUCUCACUGCAGUUAUCUCGGUGUGCUGGUGUUCUAAUUAUUGGCAAGCUAAAUAAUAAGCACGAGGAAUUUUCACAGCAAUUGUUGAACUCGGAGCUGCCACAAUUAAGCGUUGUGCACUGGACCCUGAAGAAAGUAAUAUCAUACAAUCAGUAGUCUUUAAUUAUUUAGGGUUGAAGAAAACUAACUUGAGCACAAUGUAGUUUAGAAAUGUAAAACGGUUGUGUGUGUGAUAGCAUUAAUACGUAUAAAAUGACGUGGAACUUAGGGAAUGGUGAUACAAGAAUUGUACUUUUUUUUUGCAACACAUCUCAGAGCCUAGAGCAGAAAUGUGCCUUUUGUGAGUUUUAUUGCAAUCGUGGUUUUUUUUUGUAUUUAAGCUUACUCCGAAUUUAACAGAAAUGCCUCUGGCUUAAGGAGCCAAAUUUAAGUCACUUUAACGAGAUAAGUGUACAAGAUUGGACAUUUAAUGUACAAUCGAAGAAAACAAGUGUGCCAUUAAUCUUUCAUUUUCCUUCACCUUUAUCCGGCAGUGUUCUUCACAAAGCUUGGGGAGCAGCUGUGUCCCAGUUGAGCAUUAAAGUCAACGGCUAUUGCUCGUCAGUUGUUAUUCCGUCAACGUUACUCAUCUGCAAGUGUUCUGUAAAUAAAAUAUAUAUUGUUGGUUAUGCCAGCGUUGCCACUGCACGCUAAUUAUUAAUUAUGACACGAGUCUUGCAUUGUCCAUAUUCAUUCUAUUUCUAAGAACUACGCUUCAGAAAGACUUCCCUCACCAGUGUUAAGAAAAAAACUAUUUAAGAUUAAGUCUAACCCUGAAGGCAUCACAGACACAUCUCCUAAGUAAAGUACCAUGAAGGUUAUCUUUUUGCUGUGGGUACUUAUUGGAUGGCCCUCACUGCUGAACCAGUUGGCUGUUUGUAUUCUUCGCCUUUUUCUCUCGGUGCUUUCAGAGAUUAAUGCAUUCACAUUACAUUCAAUAGGGGUCUAAGUUGCAUUCACCAUCAAAGGCCAUGAAACCCUCAAGGAUUCAUUGGGGACACACAUGUACAUGUACAGCCCUUUGUCAUUCAGCCCUUUGUAAGUGCUGAGUGAUGGCCUCCUCACGGCGUUACAUGUCAUGGGGGUUAAUAGAGCAUAAUUCACCAUGUUCCGUCAAUGUAGGUUAGUAUACAUGGGCGCAUAGAAAUGCAGUGUGAUGGAGUUUGCUGCAUUGCCCUCUGCUGUCCACAACACAGCUACACAGGUUAGGUAUUGCCUGCUACACUGUCAUACACGGUGCUUGCUCAACCAAGCGCUCUCCAGGUUCAAUCUGCUGAGCUUCCGAUAUUUAACUAGAUCAUUACGGGCGAUUUGGAUAUAGGCAUGUAGCAUAUAUGCCGUCUUUUUUAUCAACCUUAUGGAGAUGUAAUUGAUGCAAAGCUGACAAAGGGUUCAUUUAAAUGUCACUGGUAUCAGUACAUAUGCUGGCAUUGAAAAACAUACUAUAAGAGCACAGAGUGGGAAAGGCAUUUGCUAGCUUCCCUGAAUGACUUAUGUUUUAAAUUGAAGCUGACUUCUAGAAACAAACGUUAACUUUUUCAACUUUGGCACUUAUUCAGUAUUGGGGACAUUCCCAUCGUACCAUAAUGCGAAUGCCUCUGAUACUCGAUAGUUAUACUUUAAUAUCGAAUGCUGCAUGCUUCUCGCUGCGUUGUCUCAUUUGCUAAAGGAGACUUGCUCAUGAAUAAUUAGUGUCAUGGUUUACGUGGUCAUUAUCAGCCAUGAUCUAUUCACUGCUGAAUGAAGGCCUCUCCGUACCGUGAAAUUCAACUAAACGCAUCUCACUCCCGCACGUGAUCUUUUAUCUCCAUCUCCGUGGCUGUAUACUGUUGGGUGUAUUCUGUCCUUUGGUUCAAGUGGUGCUUACUGGCUGCUCAUGCUGGCUGCUCAUGCAGAAGUAUCAGACACUCCUGGGAAAAUGAGCACUGUCCUCUCCGUGGUGAGUAUCGUGUGCCAAGCCCUGGUCUGUUAUGCCGAUCCCCUUUGUGUCAUUGCCACAUUAUCUGCCAACUAUAAAGGCACAUCCGCGAAAACAACACACGCUCAUGCAAAUAUGAUGUUUGGCAUCGUAGAGUUUGCACGCAUAGAAUAAUGACAUUAAAUAUUCAUCGCGUAUACAGUGACAGUCCCAGCCACUACAGCUGCACAUACAUAAUGCUGAAAUAAUAAAAUGGGUACUUGUGCAAUGGAAUGGCUCACAAAUGAAGUGCAUUAAUAGUGGCGGACUGGUAUCAUUUAAUAAGUUUACACGCUCCUGUGAUACAUAUUCUAAUCGCAUAUUUAAUUCAAUUUGGGGAUAAAACGCGGACUUCGUUUCGGUCGUUGAGUCUCGUGGACAAGGAAACACCUUGGCUCUCCAGUCUCGAGGUAUCGCUGUGACGCAUGAACAAGAUGCUCGUGUGCUCUUGAGUUUUAGCGAUGGCCCCUUGGGCAAAAAAGACAAGUGCGCGCACCCCUUAGGGCAAAGCUAGCGGUAAUCAAAAACAAACAAAAAAUACUGGGCUCGUAAUACCAACACGCCGCCUGGGUCCGCAGUCUCCUUUCACCAAGCGUGACAAGAAAGUGGCAUUUUAUUAAGGCCCCUUGAAGCAUAUCACACAAGUACAAUAAAGACCGCUUCCAGCAGCCAAAGCACCAGUUCUCGUAAUCCUGAGCAUUGCUGUAACACUUAAAAUAAGCAGUUAUUUUGUGUUUUAGUUUUCUCUGGGUUCUUGGCACUUUUAAAUCACUGGUUGGACAAUGUGAAAAUUGGCGAUUAUUGUAAUGGCUUGCACUGACUUUUUCAUUUGAGCACAAUUUUCAGUGCAGUGCAGCUGCCUCGUGUUAACUUGUGUUCUCUGAACACCACUCGCUGCGGCCUUAAUGCACUUUGCUGUACAAACGUAAUCGCAUGCACCAAGUGCGAAUGGACACAUGUACUUGCAUGACAACUUAUUAAUAAAAGCUAACCAUGUGAACGGAA